AGAUUAUUCUGGGCACAAUUAUUUUAAUAAUCUAAUGCAAUGGUGCCUGUUUACCUGAAAUGAAAGCCAGCCUUCUUUUGUCAACAAAAAAUACAUACGGAAAGGUUUUUGAAGAACAUUUUCCGCAAGGCGCAAGUUUCACAAACUGCGCAGUUUGUGUGACGAUGCAGAAGAGUGGCGAAAGAAUUGAAGCAAUAGACGGCCGGUUGUCGCUGUGAAACAGACACCAGAACUUCAUAGCUUUAAGUUACACACUAAUUUGUGGGCAGCACCAGCAUUAUGAGUGAAAGAAAAGGCGAGGAGGAAGAGAAGGCUGGUCCUUCUAAGAAAGCUGAAGAACCUGAAGAAACACCUGGUUCAAGUCGUGCCAUGUUAUUGCCACCGUAUGCAGGGCCGGAAGAGACUGAAGAGGAUCGUCCCGGUCCAAGUCAUAGAAUGAUGCUGCCGUCAUAUACAGGACAAUAUGAAGAACAAUCACAGCAAAUAUUAGGUCAGGAACCAUCUACCUCAAGGCUGUCUGGGGCCAUACCUCCACAAUACGCAGUGCCUCAUCCUCCACUCGAGGUAAAACGUCCUGGCCGACCUCGAAUACAUCCGCCUAAACCUGUAGGAAUCAGUAAACCUCGAGGAAGACCAAGGGGGUCAAAGAAUAAAAAACCAAGAAAGAGGAGAGAUCCAUCUACGAAGUUAGUAGAACGGCCGCCGAAGAGACCGCGAGGUCGUCCAAGGAUAUGGCCUCCUGAGAUGUGGGAAGGUUUUCAAAGGUCACAAUACUUGGCAGCAACACAAAAGAUGCAACAGAUUCAAAGGCAGCAAUCACAAGAAAUGCCAGGACCUAGUCAUCUUUAUUACGAAGAGCAAUUACCUCAUCAAAUGCCUCCUCAAGAAGAGCCUUCAUCAUCUGUACCUCCACCAUUGUCCCAUUUACCAUUUCAUAUGGUAUCACAGCAAGAGCCACAAGAACUUUCACAUCUCAUGCCGCUGUCACAACAACCUCAAUCAAUACAACAACAACCCCCGCACCCGCACCACCUACAUCACCCUGUUCACUCUUUACCACCCCCACCUCACCCCAUGCAACGACAAGACGAGCAAAUGCUCCUUAUUCGACAACCACUGUACCUACAAGAACAGCAAGAGCAACAACAUCAAAGGGAACAACAACAACAGGCCGAGAUGUUGCGUUCACAACAAGAAGAACAACAACGGCGGUACUACCACGAACAGAUGCAGCACCCUCCCCACACUACCUCUUAGUAUUAUAUGAGGCGAAGGCAAAGUGUUAUUUAUACAUUUUUACUAAACCAAAUAAAUUCAGAUUUUAAAUAUAAGUUUUUAGUUCUUUGAAGUAAUAUUUUGAGGGUUUAAAAAAGGGCAAAUUUUGGAAAAAAUUUAUUUAAGAAAAUUGAAAAUUGCUUUAUGAGCUACUUUUCUAAUCAAAAGUUGAAGCUAUAGUCAUCAAAGUAUUUCGAUAAAAAAUUAGACCUUUUAAAAAUCCAAAAAAGUAUGUUUUGUCAUUUUCAAGACAUUUUUUUCAAGUUUCGCUCUUUUGGCUUAAAGCCCUCAAUUCAUAUUCGGCUGUUACAAAUCAAUUAUCACUUAAUUUAUGUCUAAUAAAUAAACCCGUUUUGAUUUCGAUAAAAUAUGUGAUUUCAAGUAAUGACGCCUUAGAAUCAUGAUAACCGAAGAUUGAAAAAUAAAUGCCAUUUUAACAAUCAUAAUAAUACCUGCAAAAGCUCCAAUAUUGUUUUAUCCAAUUUUAUUUUUAUUUUAGUCGGCUGG